UUGUCAAAACGUGAUUUGCGUUUAUCUUCUACACUUUCAAUCGGAAUUGGAGUUCAAAAUUAAAAAUUUAUUUCAAGGAAUUUUGUUUUUAACGUUUAACAAAUUUGUUUCGCACAUUAAUUUCAAGAAUAGUCAUUUUGGAAGAGAUAACGAAAAAAAGAAGAAAAUUCACCGCCGUAAUUUUCAAAAUUAGGCAUGGCACACGCCACACCGCAGGGACCCCAAUUGCUUCACGGCUUCAAACGUUUAACCCGUUUCGAUAAAGGGCUUGGUGCACAGCUGCCUGAAGCCUAUAAGAAAUUCUGGCGCGAAUGGAAGUUAACGACACCUGCUGCAGUCCAUUAUGUGCCAAAAACUGAAAGAUUUGAACGUGAUGAAUUAACAGGUGUAGUGAGACCUGUGCAAGGUAUACCUAUACCAUUAAUUGAUCCCCCCGAAGCAAAUGAUGGCAUCUGGGGAGGAGAAGCUGUCAUCAAGGGUUUCCAAAAGCGCCAUCCGCAAAAAAGGCGUGUACCACAUUUUUGGAUACCAACGCUAAGGCGCUCGGUGGUGCACAGUCAAGUGUUGAACGAGUAUAUUUCAAUGGUGGUAACUGAUCGUACCAUUGAUCAAAUACACGAUUUUCGCGGUUUUGAUCACUAUUACUAAAGGUGUAAUCUUGCGUGUGAUUUGCGUUCCACACUUGCCCUAGCGAUUAAGCGAAAAAUUUUACUCGAACUAAAGAAUGGUUGUCCCAAUUGGGCAGGCAAUCCAACCGAGCGUGAGCGUAUACUCAAAGAAUAUAAAUGAUAUUUGGACUCGUAUACGCCGGAGGAAAUUGAAUGGUACGGGCACACUUACCAGGAGACCAUACGUAAGCUGCAAGCACAAAUACGCGCUGAAAAUCCUAUUGUGCCGCAUAAGGUGGAAUUUCGCAUGAAACUUAUCGAACAACUAAAAAACGCUGGCAUUCGGGAAGCGAGCGGCAACCAUAUUGGCAAUAAAGCAGCGACAAAGGGAAGCGAUAAUGAAAAUGCUGAAAUCGAGCGUUUGACUAAAUUAGAAGAACCAUCUUCAACCAGCCCCAGUUUGCUGUCGAAAAUAAACCCUUUUGGCAAAAAACAGGAAACUUAAAAGAUCAGUUACUAAACUUAACUUUUUUUUUGCAAACAUCUAUGUUUACAAAAUUAAUUCAGUUACAAAAUGCUAAGCAUAUGACUUGUUACAUUGAAAAAAAAAAAUGUGGUCAACCAACAGCCAUCAAAGAUGUUCAAAAAAAAACUAGCGCUUUUUUUCGUGUCGAAAAUUGUUUGGAAGUAUGUUUGUCCCCACAUAACUCUCGUAUUUCGGUUUUGCCAGAUUUAGAAGAAUGAUGAGUGGAAAAACAUAUUUUUACCGCAAUUAUCAUUAAGAAAUAGCUCAAAUACUUAAAUAUAAUAAAAUUGAUCACAAAUAUCGAAAACUUUUAA